AUGGCCGAAUUUGCCCCGCGCUCCAUGAAGCGCAAGAAUGUCAAGGGUCUUGCGCUCACGCCCGCGGCGCCGAAGGCACCGCCGACAUCGAACGCUCCCCUCCAAGUAGGCGGCUGGGGGACCGGCGGCUCAAAACACGAAGAAGGGGGCGACGAAAAGCUUGAGAUUGGCAUCGAGUUCAACCUGAGUCUGAAGCAAGAAGAUAUCGAGAUCAUAAAAGAGCUGGGGUCGGGCAAUGGAGGCACCGUGAGCAAGAUCAAGCAUCUCCCAACGGGAACAACUAUGGCGCGCAAGGUCAUUCAUGUCGAGGCCAAGAAGGAGAUGAGGAGACGUAUCGUCCGUGAGCUCCAGAUCAUGCACAACUGUCACUCCAACUACAUCGUGACGUUUUACGGUGCCUUUCUCAACUCCCACAACGAUGUUAUCAUGUGCAUGGAAUAUAUGGACGUCGGGGCCCUCGACCGAGUCUCCCGAGUCUUCGGGCCCGUUCGAGUCGACGUUUUGGGCAAGAUCGCAGAAGCCACAUUAGGUGGACUGACAUACCUAUACGAGAAACAUCACAUCAUGCAUCGAGACAUUAAACCGUCAAAUAUCCUGGUCAACUCUCGAGGCCACAUCAAGCUUUGCGACUUUGGUGUCUCAGGAGAACUGAUCAACUCCGUUGCCGAUACCUUUGUGGGCACGUCUACAUACAUGGCGCCGGAGCGAAUCCAAGGAGAGAAGUACACGGUAAAGUCGGAUGUGUGGAGUUUUGGUCUAACUAUAAUGGAGUUGGCUAUUGGAAAGUUCCCCUUUGCUGCAAGCGAACAGCUCUCGGACGGAGACGGCGCACCCGCUGGUAUUCUAGAUCUGCUACAGCAGAUCGUCCAUGAGCCUGCGCCAAGACUGCCCAAGAGUGAUGCGUUCCCAUCGAUUUUGGAGGAUAUGAUCCAGAAAUGCUUAUACAAGGGUCCCGACGAGCGGCCAACACCGCAGGAACUUUUUGAACGUGACCCGUUCGUACAGGCAGCCAAGCGGACACCUGUCGACCUCAGAGCUUGGGCAGUGAGCUUGAUGGAAAGAGACAACCGUAAAUCACAUCUGGCGCCUCAGCUCUCGCCUGCAACACAGGAGCUUCUGAGGUCAGGUGAUUCGCCGACAUAUCAGGGCAGCGCCGCUGAUCACGAUCCCGCGUUUACACCUACUUCAGGCGAGAUCCCUAUCGCGAGCAUGAGUGGCAUGACCAUCUCGUCCCCACGAGAACAACUACACAACCGGUCACCCACUCGGAACGGACUCGGAAGUUUCGGACGCGCGGCUGGCUCGAACGCACACCCUGGCCUGGGACAAAGGUCGGCAACAUCAGGCACGAUACCCAAAGCUGGUACUCCUGACUUGUCUCAUCCCGCAAGCGCGAGCGCUGGCCAAGCCACUUUCGCCCUUCCGGGCCGACCCGCACCACCUGGUGGUCCACUCCCUCCACCUCCUCCAAGAAAGGAGACUCCUGAUGAAUUGAGGGGCAGCCGCCGUCAAGCAACAUUUGGACCGCCAUCUAAUGGAUAUGGUGGGCCGCCAUCCAACGGGUACGGGAAUAUUGGCUACCAGUGA